AUGUUUCCGCUAAGAACACUGCUGGUUUCCUACAAUAGAGCAUUGCUCGCGACUUGUAAACAAACGAAUGUCGUUCACGUCAGGAGGACGCUUCACCUGCAUCGGACACCUCUCUUAACAAGAACAGAUGCCAGGUGGGUUGGACUGCGGCACUCGUCCGGUUCGGUGGCGGCGAGCGGACAAGAGGAUUUCCUCAAAUGGUUUCUCCUGCUGAUCCCGGCCACUACGUUCGGACUCGGUACUUGGCAGGUGAAACGUCGACAAUGGAAAUUACAGUUGAUCGAUGAUCUGACCAGACUCACCACGGCCGAGCCUGUCCCGCUUCCUAUCGACCCCCUGGAGCUUCAACAGCUGGAGUACAGACGGGUGCGCGUGCGCGGCCGCUACGAGCACGACAAGGAGCUGUACAUCCUGCCACGUUCGCCUGUCGACCCCGAGAAGGAGGCCAGGGAGGCGGGACGCUUGUCGUCUAGCGGAGAAACUGGCGCCAACGUGGUCACACCGUUUUACUGCACGGACCUCGGCAUCACAAUCCUGGUGAACCGAGGUUACGUCCCCAGGCAGAAGAUUUCACCAGAGAGCAGGACCAAGGGCCAGGUAGAGGAUGAAGUGGAGGUGGUCGGCGUGGUCCGGCUGACGGAGCAGCGCAAGCCUUUCGUGCCUAACAACGACCCCGACCGAAACCGAUGGCACUACCGCGACGUAGAAGCCAUGGCGAACGUGACGGGAGCUCAACCCAUCUUCAUUGACGCCGAUUUUGGCAGCACCAUCCCAGGCGGGCCGGUCGGCGGUCAGACGAGGGUGACGCUAAGGAAUGAACACAUGCAGUAUAUUAUCACCUGGUACGGUUUGUGCGCAACCACCGCUUACAUGUGGUACGCAAAGUUCGUCAAGAAGAUUAAAGUGUAA